CCGGAUUCUUAAAAUGAAACAUUUAACCCAAAAAAAAUAAAAAUCCUCAAAAACACAAUGCAUUCCGUCUUUAGAAUUAGAACUCUCCUCCUUAAACCCCAGCAACGAAACCUCCUCUCUCUACUGGGUCCUUCAGUAAUCAUCCACAGAACUUUAAUCUCUUGCUCUACCAAACUCGAUUCCGAAUCCCAAAUUAAUGACCAAAACAAAAAACCCCUUCGCCUUUUUACCCGAGAAGCUGUAGGAUUAUGUGAAAAAACCGGAACAACAAACCUUGGUACCCAUAAAAAAACCAAUGAGUUUAAGAUAAAGUUGUUGGAGUUAGAGAGAGAAGUGAGGGAUUUAAAAGAAGCAGAUUCGAAGAAGGGUGAAGAAGAGAAGGUAAAAAAUGUGAUGAGUAGAGCGAAAGAAGAGACACCCAGUAAGAAUUCGUACUCUGUGUUUUUGGGAAAGAGUGAAAACAAAGUGGAAAUGAAGGGAAAGGAAGAGAGGCCUGUGGUAUUUAAGGCGGAAAGGAAGAUGAAAGUGGGGAGGGAGGAUAGGCCCAAGGUGUUUAAGGUGUUGUCUCCUGAUAUGGAAAUGUUUAUCACUCAUUUGUAUAAAGAAGGAUACUUUAAUAAUGCCAAUUUCCUGAAAGAUGGUAGCUUGGAUUUUAGCUUCUUUAAUGAUAGUUAUGGCAGGGAUUUUAUCAAGUAUGCUGUAGAGAAGUUUGGUAAAGAUCACCAAGAAAUUGCAAAGUGGCUGUCAGGCAGUGAUUUGAAAAAGGUGGCUCUCUUUGGUUGCCCUGCCCUUACGAGAAAGAGUGUUUUUUCUGCCAAAAGGUUGCGUAAUUUUUUUGAGAUUCAAGAGGCCACGGUAUGUAACAAAUGCGUCUUAAAACAUUCAUGCAAUUUUGUGAAUCAAAGUGUAUGGAGAGGUGAUAGCAAGACUUUGAAUUUAGCUGUUGUGAUGAGGGUCAUCACUUUAUAUGCGUUGGAGGCAGUGCACCCAGAAUUGUCAGUGCCAAAUGAGAUUAAGGCUUCUGUCAACCGAUUGUUGACUGAAAUAUUGAAGUUGAGUGAAACUGUUCGUCAAGCUGCAUAGGGACCAUAUCGUGAGUGUUUUAACAUAAUUUGCGAUGAGAGAUAGAUGUUAAGGUCUCGCCUUAACAAGAUGGGAAGAAGAUUUUGAGAGAGAAGAAGAAGAUAGACUUUGUGAGA